GUUGUGCAGCGCCAGCACGGUCAGUAGUGGUACAGACAUGGCCGCCCUCAGCAAAAUACCACACAGCUGCUACGAGAUCGGUCAUACCUGGGACCCGUCGUGUGUGCAGUCUGCUGUGGACGUCGCCAGGGGUGCUCUGGAGGUCUCCUUCAAAAUAUACGCUCCUCUCUACCUGAUAGCAGCAGUUCUGAGAAGAAGGAAGAAGGAUUACUAUCUUAAAAGGCUUCUCCCGGAGAUCUUGUGGUCUACCUCCUUCCUCACUGCCAAUGGAGGCCUCUACAUUGUUUUCUUUUGCCUUCUCAGGAAACUGUUGGGAGGGUUCCACUCCUGGUCUGCGGGGUUUGGCUCGGCACUGCCUGCCUCCUAUAUUGCCAUCCUCCUGGAGCGCAAGAGCAGGAGAGGGAUGCUGACAAUAUACAUGACAAAUAUUGCCACUGAGACUUUGUUCCGCAUGGCAGUGACACGAGGCAUCGUCAGACCCAUCAGACACGGCGAGGUGCUCUUGUUCUGCAUAACAGCGUCGCUCUACAUGUUCUUCUUCAGGAGUAAAGACGGUCUCAAAGGCUUUGCAUUCUCUGCGUUAAAGUUCAUCAUCGGGAAAGAAGAGAUUCCAACUCACUCCGUUGGGGCAGAACAGAUCAGCUCGAGGCCCCUUGAGAGGACGGAGGAUCCCCAGGCCUCAGGAGAAAGGCCACCCAGGAGCAGAACUCUGGUAGCCCGCAUCAGGGAACUGCUACAAUCAAUAUGCAAAAAGGGUCCAAGACACAGAUGUUGUAAACAUUACCAAGACAACUGCAUUUCCUACUGUGUGAAAGGAUUUGUCCGGAUGUUCAGUAUUGGCUACCUGAUUCAGUGUUGUCUCAAAGUGCCUUCAGCGUUCAGGCACGUGUUCACCAAACCCUCCCGGCUCCCGGCCCUCUUCUACAACAAGGAGAACUUCCAGCUCGGGGCCUUUCUAGGAUCGUUCGUCAGUAUCUAUAAGGGAACAAGCUGCUUGCUGCGCUGGCUGCGCAACAUUGACGAUGAACUCCAUGCACUGAUUGCUGGCUUCCUGGCUGGUAUGUCCAUGUUCUUCUACAAAAGCACGUCAAUAUCCAUGUAUCUCUUCUCUAAGCUGGUGGAGACCAUGUACUUCAAAGGCAUUGAGGCGGGACGCUUCCCUUACUUCCCUCAUGCGGACACAGUCCUGUAUGCCAUCUCCACUGCCAUCUGUUUCCAGGCUGCUGUGAUGGAAGUGCAGAACCUCCGGCCUUCGUACUGGAAGUUCCUGCAUCGUUUAACGAAGGGCAGAUUUGCUCUGAUGAACCGACAGUUGCUAGAUGUGUUUGGGACUCAAGCCUCCCGGGACUUUAAAGGCUUUGCUCCCAAACUGGACCCUCGUUACACCACGGUGCUUCCCCCAGGAGCCGACAUCCAGCUCGGUUGAGUUGGGACCGGGCUGUGGGAGGGCCUUUCAGGGUGUCCCGCAACAGGGAAUGGAAAGAGUGUACGUUAUCUCUGAGGAACUUAAGGAUUUCUUCUGAAGGUGGUAUUACAGCUCAGACGAUGUGGCGUUGUGAGAUGGGAUAAUGCUUUGGAGGAUGAUAAGCCUAAGCAGGGCACCAUGAGUUUCACAUGUGGUGCUACACAACUGGGCUUUUAUGAAAACAGGUAGCUGGUGAAAUGAAUGAAAUGCAUAUAGAAGUAUUUAUUAUUCAUUAUAUUAUAUUAAGUCAGGGUGACGUUACCUCUUCUGUAAGAUGUGGAUGGUAGUAGUACGGUAGAUCACCGUAUACUGUGAUUUGGAUGGUUGCUCUAACAAGUCGCUCAUCUUUUUCAAUCAGGAACCGUGAUACCGACUGUGAUUUAACAGGAGAAAGAGUUUGGGCUCACUACUCGAUCAUUUCUGAAUACGGUUUCAACUGGUGUAAGUGAUGAUAAAUGUAAUUCUGUAGCCUGGUCAAAUAUUUUAUUCUGUAGUAAACAAUGGGAGAUGCAUUCAGAUUGUGAUCUAUGAUGUGGAACACAGGGGUAGAAAUUCACCAUUUUUAACAAGUUACUCAAAUAGAUUUUUUUUUUUUUUUUUUUUUUAUAAAUGCAAGUUCUAACUACACUUGACAAUAAUGAUUGCAAUCAAACAAGUCACCUCUAUAGAUCAUGUGGUUAAGGAAGCAGCAAGAACAAUGGUGAAUAUUACUUUUGUGGAGAAGAUGGUGAAGCAUGAACAAAAUGGUUUGGUAAUUUGUCAGUUUACAAGACUAAUUAAGUGAUAAAUACAAAUUUCACCUUGAAGACACAUAAAUUGGGUGUAAAUACAGCUCAAUAAACAUUUGUAAAUCACACCGACUAUUCAUUUACAAGAUAGUGAAAUCAUGUUAAGGCAGGAAAUCAGAAUGUGUUUACAACACAUGCUGCAAAGCACUGAUCUGAUUACUUUAAAACCUGCAUUAACAGUUACAUUUAUAUGUACAAGUUUAUUAAAAAGAUAAAAUGCAAAACAGUCAUAUAUUAAUUAAGCUGUACGGCUCUGGGAGAGGUUGAUGGUGCCAUUUUUACAAAUUUUGUGCAUAUGUUUUAAUUUUUACUGAUGGUCUGCUUUUAACUGCAAACUAACUCAUUUGAGACAUUAUUUUGAUUACAACCCAUGUUCAUGUAAACAUAUUUAAAUAUAUGGUAUCAAAAUUGAACUCUGAGGUUUUUUGCUUGCAACACUUGUAAUUUGAAAGCUGCUUUGUACGGGUCUGAGUGACAUGAAGCACUGCGGAGCUGAUCCCUCCCUCUAGUUCAGACGGGGAACAUGACGGGAUCAUUACUGACUCUAGGACACGGUCAGCAGCAGCAUGGAUAAUUUCCUGGUGAGUUGUGAUGGCGGGAUAGUUAUAUAAAUAAAUAUAUAAAUAAGAGACACAGCUGCUAUUUACAGAUAUCGUCUUCCCCUAGUGUGUGCAACAGACACACUCAGUGGAAAUCCCAAAUUUCCUCAACUAAAACGGAGGAUUGAAAGAUUGGAGUCAGACGUAAAGUAGCUAUACUUCCUCCCUGUGGACGGUUCGUGAGAAGAAAAUAUAAUCACCACAAUCACACUUGAAUGCACUGUUUCAUGAUGUAUUACCUAUGGCAGAGGUCUUCAACAGGGGGUCUGUGAAAUUUUUGGUUGAUUAGACAAUUUUUUAUUUUUUUAAAAUUAAAAAUGCCUGGUAGUUUGAACUGCCAGAUUGUGAACUUCUUAUUUUGAAUUCUAUUCCAGCUUUAGACACAGCUGACCUUCACAACAGAAGCUAUAAUUGUAAAAAGUGCACAAUUCAUGUUUAGACUAAAGUAGCGGUGUUUAAAUAAUAGUUAACAUGUUAACUAAAUCUAUGGUUACAGUUAUAUUACAAAUCUCAGCAAAUGUUUUUGAUUGAUGCAAAAAGAGUGUAUAUUAAAAUAUUUUUCAAUCCAA